AUGCGGCUGACGGAGUUUUGUAAAAUCACGGAGUAUUAUGUCAGGACUUUGCCAAAAGCGGAUCGAGACGUAAUUUUGAAGACGCCCGAACCAAAGAACAGCUCUGUACAUGAACCAGCCGCGAAGGGCGAGGGAUCUUCUUCGAGCAUAAAGAGUCAACGAAAAACUAUUCUUCUCGCAUUUCCACAAGAGAAUUCCCAGCAACUCAACAGACCUGAUCCACAGCUCUUCAAGGUACCAUCUCCGAUCGUUCCAGAAAUGGUCAGAGAAGAAGUGGUCUAUAACGAAGAAAGUCCUACGAUGAUGGAAACUGACGACGACGAGAAAACAAUCGACGUUGAGCGCACCCCUGACAGCGUUUCGGAAAGCGAGCCAGCAGCAGAAUCUGCCUACGGAUCGGCCGAAGAGCCGAUGAGCUUAGCAGACCAGCAAAGCGAUAGCAGAAACGAACCUAUUUACGUUGAUAUCUCUGAUCCAGAAGACGGGCAGGAGGGAAAUUCUUCCCAAGGGAUGAAGAUAAUUUAUGCAGAUGAAAAACAGGAGCAGCAAAAAUUUCUCACAGACGUGAAACAAGAAAAGUACGUAUACGAAGAGCUCUCUGAGCACGAAUCUCUCGCAGAUGGGCCUCUUGAGCUUGAUUUGCCGGCAACACCUUCUCCUCAGCCGAUGAUAAAACAAGAACAGUAUGACGGCCCUCGCCCAAUCUUUCAACCAAGAGCCUUUCCGAAUCCUCUUCUGCUUACACCAAAGACUACAGGCAACAAUCGCGGCAAUGGCACUCGCCCUCACGUACCGAUGUACAAUCCCUACUGGAUUCCCCCCGUUCUUCAUCAGUCACCGUACCGUGAAGCGCCGGGCAAUCCACCGCAUCGUGCUUCUACAUUUUUGCCGAAUCGCCCGCCUUUUAAUCGCCCUCCGCCGCCAACCAUGGACUUCAGUCAUCUGUACCCUCAGUUCCCUCAAUUCGAGCCCAACAACCAACAAGUUCACCAGCAGGCUCGUCCGCCGCUUCCCCCUCCUCCGCGCCCAAGUCACCAACCACCGCCAGUGCAACAUCAGAGAAUGCCGCCGCCUUACCAGAAUACGUUCAUCCACCCUGCUGCUUAUUUUAAUCCUCACUUUGCACCACAUCUUUCUCUUUACCCCCAGCGAGAGUUCUAUCAAGGCCAAUAUUACGGAUCGCAGAAUAACAACGCCCAGCAGAACCAUGUCAGCCAAAGCGAAGCUCGAAAUCAAGCAGACUCUUCUUUUAAUCCAUACCAAGCACAGGGUGCUCAGAACAACUACCGGCCAUCGUACUUCAAUCACACCAAUUUCAAGCAGUGA